AUGAAUACCGGAUCAAUCCCUCGCCUUCCCGACCCGAAUGAGACGGCAUACAAUUGCGGAAAGUGCAACCGGCCGGAUGAGGACGAAAGCCAGAUGGUGUUCUGCGAUAACUGCCAACGGUGGUAUCAUUUCGGCUGUCAAGGAGUGACGUCGGAUAUACAGGAAGACCAUGACUGGGUAUGUAGCGAUUGUUCUGGUGAUCAAGGAGGAAGGACCCCUGAUGACCCGGAGGAAAGAGAGCUGCUUGAAGCGGAAAAGUCCAUUGCUCUAGAGCGAGAACGUUUGUCAGCCUUAAUAGAAAAGAAGAAGCGGGUGGCAAGUAUGAGGUUGAAGUUAGAAAUAGAGAAGAGGGAAGCACUAUGGCAGUUAGAGAAGCAGGAGUUAGAGGCCAAAGCCGUUGCAGUAGAAGAAUUCAAUGAAAAGAAAAGGGCAGAAAAGGAGAAGUUACAGCGUAGAAUAGAUAAGGCUCUGUCAGAACGCGCGGAAUUGGAGAACGAGGAAAGUUCGAUACGCUUCUGCAAGAAGACGUCCACUCCAAUGGUACGAAUGGGAGAAGUAGGCGAAAAAUCGAAGAUUUCGAAAGUCAAAGCUAAUGCGGUUCGCGAAAAAGUGGUUGAUACCGAUGCGACAUCAGAAAGUGAAAGUGAAAGUAAAAGUGAUGGUGAUACAAGUGAUGCAAGUGCGAAAAUGGAACUAGUACCAACAAAGGCUCAACUAUCGGCGCGACAGUUCCUGGCUAGGCGGUUGCCGACGUUCACCGGGAAUCCGGAAGAGUGGUCAAUCUUUAUUUCCAGUUACGAGACGACAACAAAAGCGUGCGGUUUCUCCAAUCUCGAAAACUUAGUUCGACUGCAGGAAUGUCUGAAGGGAGCGGCACUGGACGCAGUAGGAUCGCGACUUUUACUGCCUCAGUUUGUGCCGAAGGUAAUUCAAGAGCUUCGUGAGCAGUUUGGACAACCGGAGCAGAUUUUGGAGACCCUGUUAGUGAAGGUGAGAUCCGCCGAUGGACCGAAAGCGGAAAGGCCAGCGACGUUCAUCACAUACGGUCGACUUGUUCAACAGCUUUGUGACCAUAUGGAAGCAACCCACUUGGAAGACCAUCUGACGAAUCCGUUAUUGAUCAGUGAAUUGGCGAAGAAGCUUCCAGCGAGUACGAAGAUGGACUGGAUUCGUUUCAAACGAAAUGAAAUUAGUGGCAGGAAGAAGGUAACACUACGUACCAUGGCUGACUUUUUAUCCGAGAUAGUUUCGGUGGCAACAGAGGCAGUAAACUUGGUGGACGGACAAGCAAGUAGCAGUCGCGCGCCCAAUCCGGAGCGUAACCGAGAGCGUAACAAACCCAAGCAGCAUGGAGUGUACGUGAACGUUCACAACGAAGAUGAAAAGGUUCCACAAGAAGAUGAACCGCAGAAACGAAUCCCAUGUGCGAUGUGUGGUGAAACAAAUCACAGAUUGCGUAACUGUGACGAUUUUUUGAAGCUUGAACCAGCCCAGCGAUUGAAAGCAGUAGAUAGGUGGGAGCUUUGCAGAAGCUGCCUCAAUGCACAUGGUGAUGCGAAAUGUAAGAUCAACAUCCGCUGCAAAGUAGCAAAUUGUCAAGGAUUGCACAACACACUUUUGCAUCAACUCCCCGUGCACUCUACCUGUAAUAUGCAUAACAGCAUUCUUCCUUCGUCGGUGAUCUUCCGUGUUGUUCCAGUGACGGUGUACAACGGUUCCAAGACACUUAGCAUACUAGCGUUCUUGGACGAAGGUUCAUCGUACACACUUAUCGAAGCUUCGGUAGCAGAGGAGUUGGGUUGCGGUGGAGUUGUACAGCCAUUACGCGUAUCGUGGACUGCUGGGAUGACAAGACUGGAAAGAGAUUCGAAGAUAGUGAAUUUGUCGGUAUCAAGUGUGGGGUCAACCCAGAAAAGCGCAUUGCGGGGAGCUCACACGGUGAGAGAAUUGGGGUUGCCGAAACAGACUAUGCGUUUUGCUGAAUUUGCUGAAGGUUAUGAACAUCUACAAGGCCUCCAGGUGGCUGACUACCCGAUGGAAACACCACGCAUUUUGAUUGGGCUUAAACACCUACAUCUAUUUGCCCCUCUAGAGUCUCGAAUUGGGAACCCGGGUGAGCCUAUAGCUGUGAGAUCAAUGCUGGGAUGGACGGUGUACGGCCCACAAGAAAAAAUAUCUUCUGAGUCAACCUUUGUCGGUCAUCACACAUGUACUAGUGUGUCCAACGAAGACUUGUAUCGUCUUCUAAAGUCGCAUUACGUAUUGGAAGACUCGGCUGUUUUGGUGGACUUGGUACCAGAGUCAAGGGACGACCGCAGAGCCAGAGAGAUCUUGGAGAAAACAACAGUUCGAGUCGGUGAUCGAUUCCAAUGUGGAUUACUGUGGAAAGAAGAACACACUCUGUUUCCAGACAGUUUUUCUAUGGCAGAGAAGCGAAUGAAGAGCCUCGAGAAACGUUUAGCUAAAAAUCAAGAGUUACAGCAGAACGUUCACAAACAGAUGAGUGACUACAUAGAAAAGGGGUAUUGUCACAAAGCUACACCACAGGAACUCCGGUCAACAGAGCGACACAAGGUGUGGUAUUUGCCGUUGAACAUUGUGUUGAAUCCAAGGAAACCAGGAAAAGUUCGACUAGUUUGGGAUGCCGCAGCUGCAGUCAACGGUGUUUCUCUCAAUGCGACAUUGUUGAAGGGUCCAGAUUUACUAGUCUCCCUGCCGUCAGUCAUAAGUCAGUUUCGAGAACGAAGAAUUGGUUUUGGAGGUGACAUUCGUGAGAUGUUCCACCAAAUACGCAUUCGCCCAGAGGAUCGUCAAGCGCAACGGUUUUUAUUUGGCGGAGAAGUGUACGUGAUGGACUGCGCUAUUUUUGGAGCGACGUGUUCGCCUAGUCAAGCACUUUAUGUUAUGAAUAAGAAUGCAAGUGAGUUUUCCGAAAGUUAUCCAGAGGCAGCCAGCGCAAUAGAGAAGAAGCAUUAUGUGGACGAUUACUUCGAUAGCGUUGAUUCCACAGAGGAGGCAAUAUGCCGUGCAAAAGAAGUACGAGACAUUCAUGCUCGUGGUGGUUUCCAAAUCCGAAACUGGGUUUCCAAUUCAGAAGAGGUACUGAUGCAACUUGGAGAACGACAAGAUAAUCAGGAGAUUCACUUUCAUCGAGACAAAGAAACGGAAUACGAGCGUGUGCUGGGGAUUGUAUGGAAUACGAAGCAGGACGUGUUCACAUUUUCCACCAAAGUGAAAGACGAGCUACAACCGUAUUUAACGGGCGGACAUCGACCAACGAAACGGAUCGUAUUGAGCUGUGUCAUGAGCUUUUUCGAUCCUCUUGGACUGCUGGCGGUAUUUACGAUCCACGGUCGUAUCAUUGUGCAGGAUCUUUGGCGAAGUGGUUGCGACUGGGAUGAGGAAAUCGACGACGAAGCGUUGGUAAAGUGGAGUCGGUGGACGGCGUGCUUGACAGAUGUUGAAAUGGUAGAGAUUCCCCGAUACUAUUUCAGCGACGCCAUAGCACUCAAUUAUGGUUCGUUGCAACUACACAUUUUCGUAGACGCUAGUGAGAAUGCGUACGGAGCAGUCGGCUACUUCCGAAUUCUUACCGGUAGAGAUCCUUGUUGCGCCUUAGUUCAAGCACGUUCUAAAGUUGCUCCCAUAAAACCACAUUCUAUUCCUCGAUUAGAGUUGAUGGCAGACGUGUUGGGCGCUCGACUAAAGGAUACAAUUUUGGAGAGUCAUAACUUCGAAAUCAAGAAAGUGUACUUCUGGACUGAUUCAAGGACUGUACAAUCGUGGAUUAAGUCGGAUGCCCGAAAAUAUCGUCAAUUUGUGGCGUUCAGGAUCGGCGAUAUUUUGUCGCGAACAAAGACGUCGGAUUGGAGGUGGAUCUCCACGAAGCUCAACGUUGCGGAUCAUCUUACGAAGUGGUCAAGAGGAUCGUCGUUAGAAGCGGAUGGUGCAUGGUUGAAAGGACCAGCGUUUUUACACUUACCCGAGAGCGAGUGGCCAGUUGACAAUAGUGUAGAACCAAAUGAUCCAGAAGAACUUCGAGCAACAUGUUUGUUCCAUAAAACUGAAGCUGUAUUUCAACUAAUUGAUCCAUCCCGUAUUUCGAAAUGGAAUGUAUUAGUGAGAUGUGUGGCCUGCGUGAUCAGGUUUAUUUCGAAUCUUCGAAGAAAGGCUAAAGGCUUGGCCAUCGAAACACUUCGUUCUCUUCCGAGGAUGAAGUAUACAAGGAAAGUACAUGCAGUGCGGGUGUGUCUGCAAAGAGACGAGUUCCAACGAGCGGAAGAAGUGCUGUGGCAACAAGUGCAGAUGGAAGCGUUUGAAGAUGAAGUUCGUAUUCUGCGGAUUAUGCGAGACAACAAGGGCGAAUGCAAGGAGAAGAUUGAGAAGAGAAGUCCGUUGUACAAAUUGUCACCAAUUCUGGAUGAAAAUGAUGUAGUGCGUGUGGAAGGUCGAACAGCACAGGCUGAGUUCCUGCCGUUCGAAAUGCGAUUCCCCAUAAUUCUUCCUAAAGGACAUAUGAUCACGACGCGGCUAAUCGAGCACUACCACGGACGACUUGGUCAUGGGCAUCGGGAAGCUGUCGUAAAUGAAUUGAUGCAGAGAUUUUGCAUUCCGAAAAUACGGGCUGAGGUUUCGAGAGUAAUGCGCAACUGUGUAUGGUGUAAGGUGUAUAAAUGCAAACCAACCGUGCCAAGGAUGGCACCUCUCCCAGUGCAACGAGCAACUCCGUUCCUUCGUCCUUUUACAUACACAGGUGUAGAUUUCUUCGGUCCUAUUUCGGUCGUCAUCGGCCGGCGAAGUGAAAAACGAUGGGUAUCACUGUUUACUUGCCUCACGACAAGAGCGAUACAUUUGGAGGUCGCCAGAAGCCUUUCAACAGCAUCUUGCUUAAUGGCGAUCCGACGAUUCGUAUGUCGAAGAGGAUUUCCAAUUGAGUUUUUCUCGAAUAAUGGCACCAACUUUGUAGGAGCAAGCAAGGAGAUUAUCAAGGCUAUCAAUGAAGAAUGCAGUGAAAAUUUGACAAGUUCGAGAACUAGGUGGAAUUUCAAUCCACCAGCAGCUCCUCACAUGGGAGGAAUAUGGGAGCGGUUAGUCCGGUCGGUAAAAGCGGUGUUAGCAGAGCUUGACGAUGGAAGAUCACUUUCGGAUGAAGUAUUGGAGACAGUAUUGGCUGAGGCGGAGAGGAUGAUCAAUUCAAGACCCUUGACAUUUGUGUCCAAAGACAAUAUGGAGCCAGAAGCCCUGACUCCAAACCACUUCCUUCUCGGAUAUCCAUCGUGUGGUAGAGAAAUGCGGUUGCCAUCCGGCAAUGAAGCGAAAGGGUUACGGGAUCAGUACGAGCGGUCACAAGUGCUUACCGAUAAACUAUGGAAUCGGUGGAUAAAAGAGUAUUUGCCAACAAUAAAUUUGAGGUCCAAAUGGCAAGAAGAUCAAGGCCCUAUCAAGGUUGGUACUCUGGUGUAUAUGGCGGAUGAAGAAAACCGGAAGAGUUGGAUCCGAGGCGUCGUCGAUGAAAUCAUCAAGGGAGCUGAUGGAAGAGUCAGGCAAGUUGUGAUUCGAGCUGGUGGAAAGCGGUAUAGGCGAGCAGUAGCGAAGAUUGCGGUGCCUGAGAUAAGUGACGAAACACCUGGCUUGGUUUAA